AUGGGCAGUGCAGCGGCUACCGCCACGGCUCCUUCUACAGCCGCUGCUGCCGGGCCUGCUGCUCACAACCAUGGCCCUCCCUCACGGAAACGCCGUCGCUCCCAGGAACCCGACUGGAAUACCUUCUAUCGCAACGGUUUGCCAAAGGAAAUUAUCGUCAUUGACGACACCCCGGAGCCGGAAGCCAACACCAGUCGAAAAUUGGCAUCGUCCAUCACAAAUGGCGACGCAUCUGGCGGUGCUGCUUCCUACGAGGCGACUGCUACCAACACUCGCCAGCCCAUGAAGCGACGACGUCGGGAUGCUCCCGCUUCGGGCUAUCACGUUCAAUAUGUGGGCUCCCUCACAAACACACCGCUGCAACACGGCACACCCAUCGGCUCUACACUCUCUAGUGACCGCACCAACUCAUUUCUCAACACCACCGCCCCGACUUCUCUUUCUUCUCAUAGCCAGUAUGACGAGGCUCCUGUUCCUUUAAAGCGCAAGCGGACUACCCGUCAGCAGGCGGCCAACGAAGCGAAACGUCGAGAUGUCAAUGGCCUAGGGGGCCGACUUCUCACGUACAAGCCGCCACCAUUUCCCCCGAAAAAGGUUGCAGAUGUUCAAGUCCGGGUUGUACACGAUGUUGAUGAUGACGAUGGGCACUACAUCGUCGUUCCCGAUGCGGAACUCACUGAAAAUUACCAAAUUACCCGCUUGCUUGGCCAAGGAACUUUUGGCAAGGUUGUUCAAGCCCGUGAUAAAAAGCGGAACCAGGCUGUUGCCGUCAAAAUUAUUCGAUCAGUGCAAAAGUACCGCGAUGCGUCAAGGAUUGAAUUGCGAGUUCUAGCUACUCUCAAGGCCAAUGACGCCAAUAAUCGAUAUCAAUGCAUACACCUAACGGACUGCUUUGACUAUCGGGGCCAUAUCUGCAUUGUCAUGGACCUCUUGGGUCAGAGUGUCUUUGACUUCUUAAAGGGCAACGGUUUUGUACCCUUUCCUAAUAGUCAUAUUCAAAACUUUGCUCGUCAACUCUUUACGAGUGUAGCCUGUGAGUACAAGGCGUUUUCAAAUGCUUUUUAA